UGUUUUCACAUAGCACAAGGGGGAUCUUUUGGACUCGCUGCUAGACUCAGAUAACCAUCACCAUGCCAAAAAAGGAGGAGGUCUCCAAGAUUUCUCCUGUCCUUUUCCUGGACCCCGGCGGACAGUCGAUGCGCUUCUUCGUGAGACCCGGCCCAACUAAAAUGCAGCUUCACCCUCUGAUAACUAGCGGAGGAGGAAAUCUGUGUCGCAAUCAGGAGCCCGGUGCCAUCUUGCUGAUCGAUCCCACAGAUGCCACUAACGCGACACCGAACACAGGACAAAAAUACAUCUCCACAAAGUACAUCCGAGACUGUGUGGAGCAGAACCAGCAGCUGGAUCCCAAGGAUUAUGCGAUAACCAUUGGUCCAUCAGUGCAGACACGGAUGGCCUUGCGCAAUCAAGGCAGCGGGCGUUUGGGUUACUCAUUGGAAGACGACGCAGCCAUUUUGAAGUUCAUCGAAAAGCGGCAACAAGAUGCCAAAGGAAACUUAGUUUGGAAAGAAAUGGAGAAACGACGUGUGACUGAGCAUAGCUGGCAGUCGAUGAAAGAUCGGUUCUUAAAGCACCUUCAGCAGAAGCUUGCAGACAAAACCACCAAGAAGAGUCCGUUAAAAAGAAAACCGCUUUCCUUUGUGCAAAGCCCGCUGAGGAAGAAGAAAGUGGUGGAGAUCUCAGAAGAUGAAAGCGUACAGGAGGCAGAUUGUCCUGAAGCUACGAUGGCCACAGAGACGGUCAGCAUACAUCCUCCAGCUUCCCCUGAGAGAGCCAGUUCUCCUCCUGAGGAGCCGCAGGCCGCCGGGGAGCCCUCGCAGACCUCCAGCAACGACAGUCAGGAUGAAACCUGUGUCUUGGUGCUAGAAACUCCAGAGACCGAAAACCCCAGAUUAGAGGAAGACGCUCCAAAUGAACCAAAUAAACAUUCAUCUCUGAAGAAAAAGAGACAUAAAGCCUCCAAAACCUCCACAACUGAUUCCAGGAGCUCCAGAUUAGAGGAAGAUCCUGAUGGACAACACAUUCCCGAUGAAGCAAAUGAACAUUCGUCUCCGAAGAAAAAGAAACAGAAAGCCUGCAAAAACUCCACGACUGAUUCCAGGAGCUCCAGAUUAGAGGAAGAUCCUGAUGAACAACACAUUCCCGAUGAGUCAAAUGAGCAAUCAUCUCCAAACAAGACAAGACAAAUCACUUCCAAAAGCUCCACAAGUGAUUCAAGAAACCCCAGAGGAGAUCAAGGAUCCAAUGCAAUUUCAUCUCCAAGCAAAACGAGACCAACGAACUCCAAAGCCUCCACUCCUGAUUCGAAGAAGCUUGGGAUUCUGGCAAAAGCUGCGAAAGAGUUUGAGGAUUCAGAUGUGAUGGACGAAAGUGAAGAAUGUGAAAAUCCAUGCGAAGUACCGAUUGCUGAGCCUUCAGACGCACAAGAAAGUUCAGCAACACCUGCAACAUUGGCUAAAGAGCCAGAAGGCCAAGCUGAAAGUCAUGAAGAGACUCAACCGGACUCCCCAAUGUCCGAGGAAGAGCGUCCAGGGCCCAGUUCAACAGUUGUGCAGCCAUCUUUAAAUUCAUCCAUAAACUGCAGCCAGAUUAGAGCAACUCCUGAGGAAACUCUGUCUAGAGACUUGUUGGAGGUCAAGGAGCAGGUAAUAAAUUUGAUGAGGGAGACCAAGAAAGAUCUGGUUGAGGUGACCAAGGCGCUGCUGAAAGCAAGUGGAGAUUUUAAAAGAGCUCGGGUAUAUCUGGUAAAUGGGUACGACCAUGAGACGCACGGGCCUCUGUGGACCCGUCUGGAUGACGAGACCCUCUUAGUGGCUGAUCCAUACGAGCUCGAGCAGCUGCAGUCAAAAUUCGGAGAGGAGGAAGUGACCAGGAGGAAAUCCUUCCUUACGACUGAUGUAAAAUGAGAUUUGUUUUGUGGAACCAGCGACUCGGCUAGAUUGAUCUACAAUAAUCAUCAUCAUCAUCAAAGUUCAUUAUCACACUUUUGGUAUUUUCAUUUUGAUACGGUGUCGUAACGUUGACAUGAGAAUAAGGACUUUGUUACAGUACAUAUAUAUAAAAUAAAGUAUUUUUCUCUAAA